UGACCGGAAAUAUAUCCGUGGCGGACCAUAAUGAUUAAUGAAUCAUGAUGCAUGUAACUAUUAAUCCGACCCAAAAGUUUUAAUGUUAAACGGCAAAUUUUGUUAGGUGGUAUCCGUAAUGGCUAGAAGUGGCACUAAUUGAGUGGAACAUGGCUAGAACAUGGAUGAAUUCCUGCAUCGCAUAUCAUUUGGUUGGCUCGAUGGUCCCGAUGAAGCAAUACAAGCAAUCGCUAGGCAUCUUCCCGUUAGCUAGCCCACUUUUCCUUUUCAGGGCCGACCCGACCUCUUAAUAAGGCCUUACCUAGGUACUCCAGGCAAUUUAGCAAGCCCUAAGCCUUUCGUGCUAAUUCUGUUGCACCUAGUACGCUGUUCAAACCUCAGAUAAACAAACAUCCCUUCCGAUCCAAUGUCGAACUUGAUAAGUGAGAGGAAUACAAACAAACAUACGUAUUCGCCGAUCAAAUCCCAUUCUUCGAAUUUCCUAUUCACCCUAUCCCAGGAACAUGGAAAAUAAUGCAAUGCGAUCACCCAUGGGGAGCCCAAUGAUUGAUCUUCUUAUCGGGCACAGAACAAGUGUUUAAUCCCUACCCCGAGAGUUUUCAUUUCAUAAUAAAAAUGUGGGAAUCACACAGAUAAGAAAUCCAAGUGGAAAUUCUUAUGAAUUUAUCCUAGUUUUCUCAAGGUUUCGCAGCACUUUUGUCAUUUUACAUAGAGCCUCGCAUCUUCGAAAACAAUUUUUUUCUUACUCUGUAUAUACUCUUGUUCAUUUCGAAUACCCACGAGUCAAUUAUUGACUACCAGCAAAGAUCAGGUCGCUCUCGUGUCGUGGUUUUUACCACGAUAUAGAAAUCGCCAUCCGCGAUGGACCACACUCAAAUGCACGAUGAAGAUUUCCUUCCGGGCACCACACGACUGGUAGAAGAUGUUGAAAAAGCUCAAAACCCCAACCUCCUCAAACACGGAAACAUCGUUUUAGAACCUCAGCCUACCUCUUCACCUCUCGAUCCUCUCAAUUGGUCCCGUACACGAAAAUAUUGGCAUGCUUUCCUAGUUUGUUUUAUCACAGGUCUAACGGCUGCUACUUCUAACGACGCGGGCUCGGCGCAAGAUGGUAUGAAUGCAGAAUACGGGAUUACAUAUGAUGCGAUGAACACUGGGGCUGGAGUUUUGUUUGUGGGAAUUGGUUACUGGACUUUAUUGAUCUCGCCUGCUGCGUGGUUAUAUGGAAGAAGGGUCACAUACAUCAUUUGUUUGACACUGGGAGUUAUUGGUGCUAUAUGGAUGGCACGAGUGCAAUCCACAAGAGACUCGAUCUGGAAUCAGCUUUUUGUGGGAGCAUCUGAAGCUUGUGCCGAAGCCAAUGUGCAGCUUUCCCUUUCGGAUUUAUUCUUUCAACAUCAAAGAGGUAGUGUGCUAGGUAUUUACGUUUUGUCGACUAGUAUCGGUACCUACCUAGGUCCAAUUAUUGCUGGAUACAUUGCUGGCGGACCUCUGGGCUGGCGAUGGAUUGGAUGGUGGUCCGUCAUCAUUUCCUCCUGCACCAUCGUCGUGUGUUACUUCACCCUCGAAGAAACAAUGUUUGACCGACCCGAAUCUGCAUACGAAGUUCCAAUAAACGGGAUUGGCUCCCAAGCAAAUGUUGACGAAACUCCAUUUCGCAACGUCAACGAGAAGGAAACAGCUCUAGAAACGACCCCCUCCGACACACCUCCCAUUUCACCUUCUCCAAUCCCCGCCAAAAAAUCCUUCCGUAAACGCAUCCAGCUAAUUACGCCUGCAUCUAAUCUCAAAGGAACGGGAUUCAAACAAUACUUUUCCCGUCUCUUCCACACCCUCCGCAUCUUCACCUUCCCCGCUGUCUGGUACAGUGGCCUGCAAUGGGGAGCCCAAGAUGCUUGGCUCACCUUCUAUCUUACACUCGAAGAAGAUAACUGGACUGAAGCUCCUUGGAACUAUUCUACUAUUGGCUCUGGUCUCAUGAACGUUCCUUGUUUGAUCGGCGCCAUCAUUGGUUGUUUCUGGGGUGGUUACCUUUCCGAUGUUUUCGUACUCUGGUAUUCUAAAAGAUAUCGCCAUGGCAUUCUCGAAGCCGAGGAUCGUCUUUGGAUGAUGUACCCAUGUGCUAUCUUCUCACCAUUGGGAAUGUUUAUCUUUGGUCUCGGUACAGCGUAUGAAUGGUCGUGGCCAGCUCCAUAUGUAGGACUUGGGUUCAUCGGUUUUGGAUGGGGUUGUGCGGGAGAUUUGUCCAUGUCUUACCUCAUGGACGCAUAUCCUGAAAUGGUACUCGAAGGAAUGGUGGGAGUUAGCGUCAUAAACAAUACAAUCGGAUGUAUCUUUACAUUUGCAGCGAGUUAUUGGUUGGAUACAGGAGUUAAGCAGACAUUCAUCGCGAUUGGGGUCUUAGAUUUUGUAUUCGUUAUGUGUACAUGGCCCAUGAUGCGAUUUGGAAAGAGCUGCAGAAGAUGGACCAAAGGGAGAUAUUUGGAUUUUGUGAGAAGUAGGGAUGCUUUAUGACUUGAUUGUAUGGGUAUGAUAAACGUUGUCUGUAAUGUGUUGUGGGAGAGAUUUUUUGAUCUUAAUGGGUGUGGGGUGUUCUUUCCUUUAUUCAUAGAGGAAUUGCUUCGGUUGGCUGCGUGGGAGUCGGGGGAGCUUAGUAAUAUUAGCGAGCAUGACCUGAUGACUUUUCCAUCCACAAAAAUUUGGAGCUCUCAAAAUGAAAUGUCACUAUUCACUUCAUUUCACUUCACACACUCUUCACUUCAUAAUAGUCACCGAAUCUAUCGA